AUGUCGAACCAAUUUGCUGUCCCGGAGCCUCCUGCGGACGCCAUCUCAGCCCUGAGAUUUUCACCGCAGCCAGACUCGUUCCGCUUUGCCGUGGCCUCUUGGGACAAGAACGUGUACAUCUACGAGCUGUCGGACGGCAAGUCGUGCAAACAGACGGCCAAGUUCGAGCACAGGGCCCCGGUACUCGACGUCUGCUUUGGCAAGGACGACAAUGAAAUAUACACGGCGUGUUUGGACUGGGAUGUGAGAAGGAUCGAUUUGAAGUCGGGCACGCAGACGGUUCUCAGCACCCACGACAACAGUGUCCGCUCCGUGGUGUACAGCAAGGAACACUCUCUCGUGAUCUCGGCGGCGUGGGACUCGACGCUCCACGUCCACCCUGGCGACGGCGACGCUUCUUGGAGCACUGCCACGAUCAACCUGCCCUCGAAGCCGUUCUCGCUGGCCGUCUCGGCGUCGAAGCUGGUCGUGGCCAUGGCCAACCGGGCGCUGCACAUCUACGAGUUGAAGGCGCUCGCGGACGAAUGCAAGAGCAGCUCGGCGAACUCGUUGCAGAACCGCCUGGACAUCGAGCCGUGGCAGCGACGGGAGAGCAGUUUGAAGUUCAUGACCCGGGCCGUGGACUGCAUGCCCAACGACGAGGGGUACGCUUCGUCGAGCAUCGAGGGCCGCGUCGCUGUCGAGUGGUUUGAUCCGUCCAACGAGUCGCAGGCGAGAAAGUACGCCUUCAAAUGCCACCGCCAGCCGGUCGACGACGUCGACGUCGUCUAUCCCGUCAAUGCGAUUGCUUUCCAUCCCGUCCACGGGACGUUUGCGACUGGUGGCGGCGACGGCGUCGUGGCGAUUUGGGAUGCUAUCGCAAAGCGCCGAAUCCGUAUCUACCCCAAGCUCGCGUCGAGCGUUGCAGCCCUAUCAUUCAGUUCGAACGGAAAGUACCUUGCGACAGCCAUCAGCCCCGGAUUUGAGGAUGGUAAGGACGAAAUCGCUGAAGGUUCAAUUGGCAUCUACAUCAGAGAACUUGGCGAGAACGAGGUCAAGAGAAAGGCGAAGUGA